CGCGACGAGGGAAGUCGGUAGCGAAGGAAAGUCUUUAGGCUCCAACAAGGGCGGGGCUUAAAUCGUGUGGGAAGCCACAGGGAAGAUGAGGGGAUGGAUAGAGGCAGAGAGGGAAAGUGGAAAGGAGAGAAAAUCAGGCGGAGCUUCCGGUUCCGGUGGGGCCGUCUGUAGCGAAGGAGAUGGCGGCGACAGCGACGGAGGCUGUGGCCUCUGGUUCUGGAGAACCCCGAGAAGAGGCCGAAGCGCCUGGCCUCGCCUGGGAUGAGUCCCAACUGCGUAGUUAUAGCUUCCCGACCCGGCCUAUCCCGCGUUUGAGUCAGAGCGACCCCCGGGCGGAGGAGCUUAUCGAGAAUGAGGAGCCUGUGGUGCUGACAGACACAAAUCUUGUGUAUCCUGCUCUGAAAUGGGACCUUGAAUACCUGCAGGAGAACAUUGGCAACGGAGACUUCUCUGUGUACAGUGCCAGCACCCACAAGUUCUUGUACUAUGAUGAGAAGAAGAUGGCUAAUUUCCAGAACUUUAAGCCCAGGUCCAACAGGGAGGAAAUGAAAUUUCAUGAGUUUGUUGAGAAACUGCAGGAUAUACAGCAGCAAGGAGGGGAAGAGAGGUUGUAUCUGCAGCAAACACUCAAUGACACCGUGGGCCGGAAGAUCGUCAUGGACUUCUUGGGUUUUAACUGGAACUGGAUUAAUAAGCAGCAGGGAAAGCGUGGCUGGGGACAGCUGACAUCCAACCUGCUGCUCAUUGGCAUGGAAGGAAAUGUGACACCUGCCCACUAUGAUGAGCAGCAGAACUUCUUUGCUCAGAUAAAAGGCUACAAGCGGUGCAUUUUAUUCCCUCCGGAUCAGUUUGAGUGCCUGUACCCAUAUCCUGUUCAUCACCCAUGUGACAGACAGAGCCAGGUGGACUUUGACAAUCCUGACUACGAGAGGUUCCCCAAUUUCCAGAACGUGGUUGGUUAUGAAACAGUGGUUGGCCCUGGUGAUGUUCUUUAUAUCCCAAUGUACUGGUGGCAUCACAUAGAGUCAUUACUAAAUGGGGGGAUUACCAUCACUGUGAACUUCUGGUAUAAGGGGGCCCCCACCCCUAAGAGAAUUGAAUAUCCUCUCAAAGCCCAUCAGAAAGUGGCCAUAAUGAGAAACAUUGAGAAGAUGCUUGGAGAGGCCUUGGGGAACCCACAAGAGGUGGGGCCCUUGUUGAACACAAUGAUCAAGGGUCGAUACAACUAGCCUGCCAGGAGUCGAGGCCUCCUGCCAGGUGACUGCUAGCUCGUCCACACCGCUUCAUUGAUGAGGACAGGAGACUCCAAGCGCUAGUAUUGCACGCUGCACUUAAUGGACUGGACUCUUGCCAUGGCCCUGGAGGCAGGUGUUUGGGGCAAGGCAGGGUGGUUGGCGCUCCACUCCCAUUUGGAGGGACUUCUUGCCCUUGCCUCUGUGCCCCAGCAUCUUCCCUCUCUGCCCCCCCCUAAAGUCCUGCAUUCAGUGUGUGGAGUCCCAGCUUCUGGUUGUCAUCAUGUCUGUGUGUGUCAGUCUGUCACCCUCGGAUGUGUGUGCGUGUGUGUGCGUGCACACGCGUGUAUGUAUCUGUUCCUUGCUUUCUCCUUCUGGGUCAGGAUGCCGCUGCUGGCUCUCAGUCCUGUCUCCUGCAACCUCAGUGCCUCAGCCUGAGAGAGAGGAGAUGGUCUUGGUCACCCAUUACAUCUGGGCAGCAGGGCCAGAGCUUUCCUGACCGUCAGGUCAAUCUGCCUCCUUCCAGUUUUCACAGAGUCAGGCUCUAGGCUGGGUGGGAAUGGUUACUGGGGCUCUUAAUGGGGAGAGUGAGAGGGAGGCUUGCCUCUGAGAGCCUAGAUAGCCUUCCUGUGAGAGAAUUAGAGUUCCAACUUGGACCUUUAAGCUCAAGCCAUACAUAGAAAAGAGCCUUGGGACAUUAGAGCCAAGGAUUAUGUAUAAAUUCCAAAUUGCAGACACAUACAUCUUCUCUCUUUCAGCACCAGCUCUUGCUCCCUGUGCUGAGUACCAAGGGAGUUCUCCUAGUAGUGGCUUCUCUAGGUUCUAGGGGUGUAAGCCUCUGUGUGGAUGUGUGUGUGAUAUGUGUGUGCGUGCUUGCACACGUGUCCACGUCCACACUAUCCUGCCUCUCUGCUUACUGAAUUUCUCCACUGCAUAACCUUGUCCAGUGGGACAUACAGCAUGAGCCCCAGGGAAGUACUGUCUGACCUAGCCUAAAGCUCUUAAAGCCAUUGGACGUUGGUCGGGUCUCACUGCAACCUACCUGAGGCUGACUGGCUAGAGCCUCUAGGUCCUGUGACCCUCCCUGCCCAGGCCACGUCCUCUACUCCUGCGGAGCUUCCUGGUGGAGUAAAUGAAACGGGGUCAGGUUUAGGCAGCUAACUUACCACCUGUCACCCACCUCAGGGCAAGGACAAAAACAGCCUUGCCUCUUAAAGCCAGCGCCUCUGCCAGACCCCAUUGUAAUGUUCCACAAACACCCUUGAAAGUCAGGGCAACUGAUGAUGGAGUAUAGAAGUGGCAUUUCUUUUCCUGUUCAUUAUUACUUGUGGGAACCCCUCUCAGGGCUGCAUCUUACAGCUGAGCACUGCACAACUCAAAGGGCCAUCAGUCACAUGAUUCAGUGGAACUGGGGCCGCUGGAAUUGGGCAGUGUAGUGGCCCUGUGGCCCUGUGUCUUCUCACCUCCACUCCCAUCUCCAUGCCCCUUCUCUCUGGAAGGAAAGAGGAGUUGGAAAACUCUGGGUUUUUUUCCUUUUUUUUUUUUUUUUUUUUUUUUUUUUUUGCCAAAGGUUUACUUUCAGCAUCUGAGCUGUGGCUCUAACCCCCAAAGCUCAGUUUACAGUUACAGCGCACUGAUGGACUGAGAGGAUGUAUGUGUGUGCAUGUGUGCACCUGUGUGUGUAUUUUGGGUAGGGGUGUUUAUUUUUAGUACCCCAUUCUGGGGUUCUCUGCUGCAGUGUGGGUGUGCAAACAUGGUACCUUCUCAAGCGUAGUUCUUUCAAAUACAGCCAAUGCUGGAAAAUGUGAUUGCAGUGAUCUCCAUCCCUCCAUCUCUUGGGAAAGAGGAGCGCAGCAAAGAAAACAAGGCAGACAGGAUAAACUUGACCACAAUCAAACUUUGAAAGAUAGGAGAUUAUUUUGUCUCCUUAGCAGGUCUGCUGUGUUCCUGGCUCAGCCCUCAAAGAUUUGGGUGAUGUGCAGCAGGAAGGCAUGUGCCACUUAGCUGAUCCUGGCUGGGUGCUGUGCUGACACAGAUCUGACUAAGGCGACCGAGGGGGAGGGUCCUUUACAGGAUUGGUCCUGACCCUUGCGUAAUAUAAUAGUGACCCUGACUGUUAGACACUCAGUAUCUGCCUAGUGCUUUUAUCUUUGUUUCUCACUCUCCUGCAAGCUAGGUAUUUUCAUUUCACAGCUAAAGAAACAGGCUCAGAGAGGUUUCAGUGAUUAGUAGCAAUCAGGAUUUGAACCUAGUGUUAAUUUGACCGCAAACCUCCUGCCUCCUUUCCACCAAACUGUUGGUUCUCCUACCUUGCCGCCUCCCUUGUACUACAGGCUGUCCUCAGAUCUCACUAGGCAGUGCCCAAGAGGGUGCACAAGAUACAGCUCAGGGUAAAAGCUCUUUUGAGCUCCAGCUAAAGACCUCUUGGGAAAACUACUGGGAAGGCCUGUUCUGAGUUAAGAGUGCUGGAAGGAGUUGUGAGGAAACUGAGUUCUAGAUCCCAGUGCAUUAUUUGUCCUUGAAUAGGUACCAUAACUUCUCCCAGCUUGCUUCUGCAUCUAUAAGAUUGAAGAUCCCGUUCUAAAUGAUAACUAAGAACAUUGAUUCAUGUUCUGCUGCCUCCCUUUCCCCCAAGGAAGAGAUCUCGUCUCCUCCCUUCACUUAGGGCUGAGUUAGGGCUGUUUAGGCUCAUAUUCUACUUGCGGCUAAGGAAACAUAUCUGCUGUGUUGCUUACUCCUAUGCUAACCAGCAGUGUGGAGGCAGACACACCAAGGGAAGGUGGGGCUUUGGACCUGAAUGGAAGUUACCUAUAUUACAGGCUCCCAUUUUUACAUCAGCAGGUACAUGCGAACCUAUUUUUUUGUGAAGUCAAAUAUUUGUUGGGGGGUUGGAGUUCGGGGGAGGGAGGAGGGGCUGUUCUGGGCAUCAGUUGAGCAGAUGCCCAGGAUGCCUGGGGGAGACCAGCUUCCCCUACAAAUCAGAGCUCUAAAUUACAAGGUUUUUACCAACGCGAACAGUUGGGGGAAGUCGUCUGCUCUCAUUUGCGUAAUGGUUUCUGUCACUGGUGAUUAGACACAGGAUGAAGGAAAAGAAAUUUGACAAUUAGGAAUGAGCGAUCAUUAAUCUGAAUCUGUUAGGAGACAGAGAAGGGAAGGAUCCUUAUCAGUGGGCAAGCCCAGUGUGGGGAGACCCUCCCUCUGCCCCCACCAGAGACUCUUGGGCCAGUACCCUUCCACUGUCCCCACAAGCAGGCUGAGCUGAGUUUCUUAACAAAGCCUAGGUAGGCCGAGUCCCCAGCCUGAGGUGGAUACAGUAAUGGGCGGGUAUAGGCAUGAGCCAUCAAAGAGAGAUAGAUGGGUGUCAAAUGCAAGUGAUAGGGCAAAGAAUACCUAUGGAAAAGGGUUGACGUGUUUGGUGUUUGUGGAAAAAGUCUUUUAAUCAACACUCCAGAUACCCCAUCUUUGACAAAUGUCUGUUACAUGCCAGCACUGCAGGAUGUGGAGAAAACCUAGUUUUUAUCCUCUAGGAGCUUCUACUUAGUUGGAGAGGAAACCACACUAAACAGCCAGAGGUUAUGAAGCCAUGACUCUUGCACCUUGUGAGGAAGAGUUGAGAGAUUGUUGAGAGAGGAAGAUUAGUGGAGCGCAAGCUCUGCCCCCGGGCUCUUCCAAGUCCCUGCGCUCCCCAGGGAGGGACUCUUCACUCCAGGCCUCCCAGCAAUGUUGGUUUUUCCCAGUCAGUGCAGACACGCAGUGUAGUAGUUGCUGGAGGGCACUGAGGCCCCACCCAGGCGUGUGAACAGGUGAUGAGUUUACUUCUAGUGGGCUGAGUCCUAAGGUGUGGAGAGUGCCAACUUGGAUCUUCCCAGGUCUCCGUGGCACGUCAGUGUGCAUUCUUCAUCUGUUUUCACACUUUGAGGACUAUAUUAAUUUGCAGUAGUUGGUAUUUGUUCCUCAGUUUUAUGACUUGUGUGUGGUGGGUUCCUUAGACACGGGCGGUUCUUUGUCUCCUCUCAGAAUGUGAACUUCUCACAGACAGUACUGUGUCUCCGCCUUGGUAAAUUCCCUACCUCUGAGGCUUCUACCCUUCCAGAUUGGAUGCAGAGUUUAGUAGGGCGACAGGAAAUAGCCCUCAGUGACUAGUUUUAUCCAAACAGGGUGGAUGCUGGGGUGCACCUAGAAGGGGCACUUGGGGUUCGAGAGGCCCUGGCCUUUCAGCCCUGUUCUCGUCGUCCUCUGGAACCUUCAGUGCUCAUCCUCCAGUCCAUGCCGACUUCUGUGGUGUCCUCUCAAGGUUUUCAGAAGCCCCAUGGCUGCAAGUGUUUGGAUAGACUUUCUUUAGGAUCUUUCCCCCUGGGCAUAUUUGGGUUAUCUUCCUUUUUCGACCUGCGGGUUAGUGAUUCGUUCCUUAUCCGCUCUGCCCUCUUAGCAUUCCUUUGUUAAUUCUGUGCAGCCUAUUUAGCUUUUCUAACUCUGGUGGCCAUUCUGCAAGUCUUCAGCCAUCUCUGUUUAAUCCUUAUAGGUCUUGGGGUCCUCAGUGGAGCCAAGCUGAGCACUUUUGACACGUUUCCAGGAGAUGCGGCCUUAGACACUGGCAGCCUUGAGGCCCAGGGACCAAUGGUCUGUGGGGCUUCCAGAGGUGGGUGAGGGGAGGGUACCUAAAGUCUUGGACAGUGGAGAGCCAGUGAGGAGGGAUUGGGUAGAAGAAUCCCAAGGGUGGGGCCGGGCCUGGCAAGCCAGGAUGGAAGAAGCAGUUUUGUGUUUCCAUCUAAAUGCAUCUGUGUGCCUUAUGGUCCAGCAAGCAGUUCAGGGAUGGUGGGCAUCUUGUGACUGACUCCUAGUUUCUCUCAGGUGUCUUUGGCAAUGCUCCAAGUCACCAAGUUGGCUGACCUCUGCAUUCCAGCGUUUACUGGAGGGGAAACAGCCUAUUGGGUAGUUUUAUGUAAGGAUUGGAGGUCUUAGAUAAGAAAAGCCGUGGAAGCUGGGGUAGCAGGUGAGAGGGACUUGUUGGUCAGCUUACCCAGGUUGUCUUCACUUUUCCAAGUGUUUAAGUACAAAAGCUGAUUAAAGAGGUGAAAAAAAUGAGGCCUUGCUUUCUUCCCCACCUGAAGUCUGGAUUUCAGGUAGUAUGUGGGGAAGGAGUGUAUGACCUUUAACUUCCAGUGAGAAACAGUCUAGCAUAGUGUUUUUAAAGCAUGGAUUUUGGAGUCACAUGUCUUUGGUUCAGAUUUGUAGCUUUGCUGCUUACCAGCUGGUUUGACCUUGUUGAUUGACUUCUCCUUUCUGAGCCUCAGUUUCCUGAACUCUAAUGAUACGUACUGGGGUGAAGGGUAGUGUUGAAAAUCUACCUCAUGGUUGUUGGAUUAACUGAAGCAAUGUAAAGCUAUAGCACGAUGCCUAGCAAGCAUUUAGUGAGUAGCUGUGGUGGUGGUGGUGAACAUGUAUUAUGUGACUUAUUCAUACACUUGAUUUCAGUGAUUUGUAAGCAGAUUUCCAGUGAUUUCUUUUUCAAGAAAACCGUAGGAAAGAACAAGGAAAAUACCCUGGAGACACCCAUAUUGAGUUGGGGGCCGACAAAAGGUCCUUGGUACCUAAACGUGUCCUAGAGGGAGGGAAACGGAAUUGUCUGAUGCCUUCUGCCUAGUGAACCAGACUUUACCACUCUCCACACCAGCCCAGGGUGAGGGUGAGAAGCCAUCAGGUAUGGGCUCCCCUUACACCAUUUGAGGGUGAGGGCAGCUGAAUGGGUUCCCAUCACCCCUGAAGAAGCUAUGUCAGCUUCAUGUCAUGAGACACCAAGGCAAUCAAGUUGGGCCCCGUUCGUUCAGUUUUAUUCCGUGAACUUCAACGUAUUUAAAUGAUAUGUGUUUUGAGAGGUUCUGGGGCAGAAAGGUAUUGAGAUACUGAGAAGAAAAUCCAGAAAAAUGUCAGACUGGAAUCUUAAUAGCUACCAUUUGCAGAGUGCCCUGGAGCAUUUCUGUUCCAAACCCUGUACUAGUUUGUACCCAUGUGCUCUCAGUUCGAUGGGGACACCAAGCAGGCCAUUGGCAUUACCGAUGCGCAGAAGAGAAGCUAGGUGUUCACGGUAGGCUUCCUCUGGGAAGUAACAUAGUCUAAGUUGAUAUCUAGAAGAUAACCAGGGGCUGGGGAGUAGUGAAGAGCAUACAUUUCUCCUCUGGCUUCUUUCCCAGUUGCCAAACACUCAGCUCCUCUGUGUUUAAGGGUUCUGUUAAUAACUCCUAGGAAGGAGCUGGGUGAUGGACCCCAAAAGAAGAAAACCCUUUGGUUAGCCAUAGAAAUCUUUGGAAAUCAUUUUGGUUGCCGGCCCAGGUUUGUCCUGGAGUGCAGAUGGAUUGGACUUGCCCCUUUGUAGCCUUUCCACUGUCCUCUUUCUCAGAAGUCUGUUUGCAUUCUGGCUUCUGGAGCUACUCUGUCACCCUACUUGGAAGAGAUUCUGGAUACAGUUACUCAGACAUCAUUCUGGAUACAGUUACUCAGACAUCAGCCUGAGAUAUAGUCUGGCUGCCUGGAAUUCUCAGCCUUUUCCACACUGAGAUCCUUCUGAUCUCAGGUCUGCCCCCACCCCCAGCCACUCCCCUCCUCCCCACUAUGAGCCAAGCCAAGCCUCUCUGCCAUCCCCCACUGUGGCCAUGCACAGCCUCUUUCCUCUGACCUUGGUCCCUAGCCUCAUGGGUGAGAAAGACCCCUCUCUAGUUUGUGUCAAGUCAUUUCUGGACUAUAGGCCAUCCUGUAGUCACCUUGUAUUCACCUCGUCAUUGCUUCUAGAUUUCUUUGCUCUGGGUCUUGGAAGCCUUUUCCUUGGCCCCAGAAAUGUUGCUGUGUUGUAUUCAGUUUGCUUAAAACCUACUUGGUCAUUGAGGUCAGUUCUGCCCUUAAGGGAAGCUCUGCUCUUUAACCCAAAAUCUAAGCUAUAUUUGGGCUAGGUUUUCAUUAUCUUUCUAGUAUUUAGUGUAUAGCACAACAUAGGGUAGUGGUUGAGAAUGAGGGCUUUGCAUACCUGGCUUUGAAUCCUGGAUCUGUCAUUCUGUAUGACCUUGGGUAAAUGACAAACUGCUUGUAACUCAUUUGUAUGUAUGGGGUUAACAUUACCUAUCUCGUCAGGGCUGUGUGAAAUAAGGUUUGUAAAGAAAGUUUUAGCAGAGCGACGGUUCCAUAGCAAGGCCCGGGCCUUCUGUCUUUCCAAGCUUUUACCUCUCUUCCCCCAUAUAGCUUUCCAGCUAAGUUCCUGCUUCUAGUCUCAGGGCAAGACCAGUUGUUGAUUUAUGAGCAGAGCAGAGCAGAGGUAUGAGCAUAAACUUUCCUGCUCGUUACCUGUCCCUACCCCUUCUCAGUGACCUGUUUCACAAGGACCCUAUCAUACCACCGUCACUGGGGAAUGAUCUUCCAAAAGCUCUUUUCUGUAAUAUUAAAAAUACCUAAAACACAAUGUCAGUGACAGUAGAAAACAUCAGAACUGCUGCCAGGGGGGCAGGUGUCACUGAAGAUGUGUGCAGGCUGGCAGCAAAACAGGCAGGAACGUGGGAGAGAUGGAGCUUGGUGCAGAGGCCGCCAUACUAGUCUAGAGGCAGCAGGACCAAGGGCUUAAGAAGGUUCCCUCUGAGUUUUCAGAUAGUGAGCUUUUGACUAUGUUGUUUGAGCAAAAUCCUACCCACUUUAGUGUCACUGUGGUCAUUGUUUUCACAAGGGUUUGUGUGAUACCUUGGUAAGAGUAGAGGCAUUAGAUGUCCCUCCUGGGUUUGAAAUCCCUAUUUGCUACUUCCUGACUCUAUCCUUAGGUGAGCUUAAGAGUUCUUGGUCUUGGCCACUUCACCUGUGGGAAAUAGCAUAUGGCUUGCAUUGCUGUUUAAAGUGUAUGUGGAAAUGUUUUAAAGAUACUCAGUUCAGUGUGGGUACUUAGGAGAUGGUUUAUUAUGAAGACCUGAGUGUGAACAGUGUUCAGUUGGUGUUUGGAGAGAAGGAAACUGCUGGCAGCAGGGCUUUUGGGAUCCUGCUUUCUCAGGAUGCAGUGCUCGAAGCAGAAUCUCAGAAGAGAUGGCUUGGUGGGGGAGCAAAAUGGAAAAGAUCAUAAGGCUUUGUAAGAGCCUGAAUGUCUGUGAAAGGCAGGGCUGGGACAAAGAUUGUUUUGCCAGGAUGGGUCUUGAGGAACAGAAGCAAAGACCUAGGCUCUAGUUUACCACCUAAUCCUCAGAAGAACAAAGGAAAUGGGGCAGGAGAGUGUCUGUGGAGGACACUGGCUGAGUGGAAAGAACACAAGGUUCAGGGACAGUGAACCUGUGUGUGAAUCUUAGGUGUACUUUUCACAGGCUGGGUGACUUUGGGCAUGUUUGUCUCUAAGCUUUAAUCCCCUCAUCUUUAAAUUUGGCUAAUAACUGUUACUGCCUCACUUACAGGAGAAAUGGGACAAUAUAUGUGAAAAUGCUGUCUAAACUGAGCACUGUGUUUUCAUUUUUGGGGUGAGGGGUUAGGAGAGCUUUUCCAGAGUGGAUGGAUUACAGAAUUGUAAGAGUUCACAGAUUAGAGCCCCCAACGUCUCCAGCAGAAAUGGUAAGGCAGCAUUUCCCACCAGGACACUGUCCUUUCAUUCUGCCACCAUUUGACUAGGAACGAUUUUGAUUGAAGAAGAAAAAGCAGUGUGGUGAGAAAGGGCAAGUUUUGGAGUUGCAUGGACCAGGUUUGAAUCUUGAUUUCACCAUUCCCAGUAUUGAGGUGGUCAGAUCACUUACCGUAUCUGAGCUUUGGUUUCUUAACGGGCCCCUUCGUGUAGUUAUUGGGAAUAAAUGAGACACCUCAAGUGAAGUGGCUCACUGCCCAGUGCCUACCUAGUAAGCGCUCAGGAAAUGUUUGUUCCCUAUCUUUCAUUUUCAUUUCUUUUCCCCUUAGGAAGCAUCCAAUUUACCCAACAUAAAAGGUCUCGGUUAUCCAUGCCUUAGUGUGAACAAGUAAUAUCAGAAUUUCUCUUCUUUUCCAGGGUGAGAUUGGUUGCCUUAAAGAAGUGUGAGUUUGAGUGGCGGAGAAUUGAGGAGAGGGGGGCAGGACUUCACUAUAUUGGGGAUGGAGUAGGGAUACUCUGGCUAUCUGGUCCGCAUAGGGGCAGGUGAACAAAGAACGAUAUCAAGAGGUGAGAAUUUCAAGAAAUAAGGUGGGUGCUCAGUGCUAGAGGGAAACAAGGGCUUUGGAGUGGAGUAUGGAGUGGAGACAGACAGUAAACAAAGGGUGAGAAGACUAUAGAGUUCUGCCAGGGGAACCAUAGGAAUUGUGACUAAAAGUCAAAGUUGUGAAGAAAUCUUGUAUUUAGCCAGCUAUCAUUUUAAUACCUGUAAGGGUUGUGAUCCUCCCAGAAAGGAAGAAUAUAAAAAAGAAAGCAGAAAUCCUCAAGAUGGAAAGACAUUUUUUGCUGUUUUUUAAGUAAUCUUUAUGCCCAAUACGGGCUCAGACUCAUGACCCUGAGGUCAAGAGUCGCAUGCUCUACCAACUGAGCCAGCCAGGUGCCCCAAGAUGGAAACACUUUUAAGCGUUUUCAGAGCCAAAGAUAUGCAUCACCCAGUGAGGGUGAUCACCCCAAUUGGGGUUCUGGACUUUUUUUUUUAAGUAAGAUAUUUGAAAGAGAAAGUGAAUGAGAGAGAGCAUGAGCAGGGGGAGAGGGAGAAGCGGACUCCCUGCUGAGCAGGGAGCCCUACAUGGGGCUCAAUCCCAGGACCCUGGGAUCAUGACCUGAGCCGAAGGCAGACGCUUAACCAAUUGAGCCACUCAGACGCCCUGAGUUCUAGACUUCUAUGAGAAAAUGUAGUUAGGUACUGAAGAGCAUGGAACCCAGGGAUCUGAGUUACCACCUCUGUAAGUAAUAGAGGUCCUUUAAGCUUUCAGAAGCUGCAAGUAGGACUUUCUGGGCCCCUUAGAAUCCAGUCACUGAUCCAGCUAGUGUUUCUGGUGGUUUUACACCUUCAGCCAUCUGAGAAGGCAGCCUUGAAACUGUACAGGGCAGCAUCAGUUGCUUCUUUGAUAGGUCUGUAUCUUUUAAUGCUGGAGGACUUAGAAUGAAGGAUGGAUGUGUUUAAGAAUAUGAGACCACAGCAUUAUUACGUUUGCUUUAAGGAACCUAAUGCCAUUCGUAUUUUCAGUCCUUGGCAUGUGGAAGAGAGUUUGCCUCUCAGUUUCAUAGGUUUACCUUAUAAUACCAACUAAAGAGUGCUGAGUAAUUUGUUUAGACUUGAAUUUUAUGUUGAAAUCUUCCUAAGUGUCCAUACAGUUUUGGAACAUUUUAAGUGAUUUUAGAUUUGCUGUAUUUAUAAACUUAAUUUGUUGGAGAUACAAUAAUUAAGUACUUGGGAAGGUUUACUUCAGUCAGAUAAAUGAAGCACUUGAGGAAAUCAAAUACAUAAUCUUCCAUCAAAUCAGACUACUUUGUUUUAUGAGCAAAAUAAUAAGGUUUGUAAGCUGAACUUAAAAGCUUAGACAAGAGUUGGGAUUUUGAAUAUGUAACUUUGAAAACUGAAUAUAGCUUUUAAAACUAAUUUCUGGUCAUUUCUGUACCCAUAAGAGUCACCCUUGUGGAUACCAAAAAACUCAGUGACUACAGCAUUACCACAAAGCCAAAAGUCUUUAGUCUCUCCAAGUACCAGGCAACUGACAGCAGUUAAGAUGGCCAGCAUGGGUCAAAUCAGAGGUAUAGACAUGUUUUUUUAAAGCUUCUUAAAUUCUUUGGCAGCAUUUAAGAUAAACUUUCACUAAAAAGCCAGAUUUUGGCUUCUCUGGAAAAUCGGAAGAUUGGACAAUAAAAUUACAUUUUCUAUAUGACUACAGUUGGCUGGAGUUGAGUAGCUGCCACCUUUUGGGGGGUGGGAGGGUGUUCCUUCCAGUUUGCUGUAGUCACUGCUUUUCGUUUUGGUGCCUUACUCCUGGUUUGUUUCAUUUUUGUGAUCUCUCUGGCCCACAUAGAUUUUUGAGUUGUGUGACCCCUGAACCAGAGGUUCUGAGGUUCCUAACAGCUGAUGUAAGCCUGGGGUAAGGGCUCAGGAAAAAUGUAGGCCCCACCCUUCUCUCUGUCCUCAGUGUCUGCACUCCAGCUUGGCUGCGUUCCCAUCUGACUUGGCCCCAGGACUGGUUUAACUGCUGUGGGAAAUACGUAAGAACUUCCCGGGUUUGGGCUUCCCUGUGUUUGUCGCUCUUUACUGUGACCAGACCAGUUCCAGGUGUUUUCUUGCCCAGUUUGCCUAGGCUCUCACCUCAUGUCUCAGUUCCUGUGAACUUCUGAUUAUUACCUUUAUAAUUAGACCACAGUCUCACUUUGUUGUGUGAGGGCCACCAGGCUCUCUGCUUUAGAUUAUACCUGAUUUCUCUGGCCUGGUUGUGAAUCUUCUCACUUAGACUCCCAAACCCUGACCUCAUCUCCACCAUUCACUGCUCAGUGUCUGGGCAGUGUGGUUACACAGCUGAGGGGUGGAAGAUUGCUGAAGGUUCAGGAAACAUGGGAGGUGAGUUUGGUAGUGAUUGGAUUUUCCAGAGAAGGAGGCAGAAGCCAACCACAGUUAAGGGAGGCAGCUAGUAGAAGGCUUUUUAGGGGAGGGAGAUCACUGUACAUACUGGAAUGCACAAGUGUGAGAAUAAGGUUUCAGAGAAGACACGGGGUGAUAGGAUAGAAAAUGGCAAUAGUUGCUUACACUUGGAGAUCCUGAAGCUCAGAAAUAUCUGCAGAGGCAAGAGAUGCUGGAGGGAGCACCACUGGGAGUCUGUAAUUCCCUAAUGUUCUAGUUAAAUACAUCACACUAUAUACUUUGGAAAGAGGGGCAUCAUCAUGAUGUUGGGGUCGUGACCUGGGACGAGAGAAAUUUCCAGCAGUGCAGCCAAUAGCCUCCCACAGUUAGCCCCCCACAGUAUCUGUAGACGUAGUAGAAACAUCUGAACCAAAUGGUCAUGUUGCUUGGUGAAGAGCCAGAUCCAGUGAGGGUUGAUUAAUGGAUCCAUGUCAUCCUAGACCAGAGGGAAGUCUCCAGCAGAAUACUGUAGGGCUCAGUCUGUGCCUGUGUCCUGUCUGACUUUUUUAUUGACAACUGACCAAGGCAGCAGGCUCAUCAAGUUUGCAGGGGAUAGAGCUAGGAGGGGCGGGUAAUACUUUGCAUGAAAGAGUCAGGAUUCAAAAUGACUUCAACAAGCUGGAACACUGGGCUGGAACCAACAAGAUUAAAUUUAACAGGGAUAAAUGUAGAGUCCUGCACUUAGGUUAAAACAAAAUCAAUGACAUAAGUACCGGGUGGGGGGCGGGCCCAGCUUGACAGCAGUUCAUGAAGAAAGGACCUGGGGGGUUUAGUUGACUGCAAGCUCAAUAUGAGUCAACCAUGUGAUGUGACUGCUAAAACCUCUAAUACAAUCACGAAUUGCAUUAACCAAAAAGGAGCAGCCAGAUCAAGGGAGGCCAUUACCCCGCUGCUUUCUCAGAUUGUCAGGCCACUUCUGGAAUACUGGGUCCAACUCUGAGGUUCUUUUAUUUUAAAGGAGGUCAGUGACAAAGGGGAAUAUUUUGACAAGCAGCCAACGUGGCAAUGGACCGAAGUACUUCCAGCAACUUCCUAGAAACUGUGAUGCCAAGGUUCUGGGUUGAAGGGCAGGGAUGUAUAAUCUGACCCCAGCAAACACAGUUGAAUCUGGAGUACUUUUGAGGUUGGGAGAAAAUCGGGGGUGGGUCUGCUUUAUUUCCACUUCCUGUGGUUACCAAGAAGCAUUGGCCUGUGAAUCUCUUCCCAGGGCUUUCUGAAGGCGGAGGACUAAGGGUUACUUAGAAGGGCACUAGAAUGGGGAUCAGUGUGGCAGUAAGUAGAGAAUGGGUUAGUAAAGUGGCAAGGAACCUGCACAUUUGUACCUGGAACACCACCUUCCCAUCGUUCCUCCUCCCUCCCCUGGGAUGUGCAGUCCCCAUUUUGGUCACAACGUGGCGCCCUCACUCCACACGGAUCCUGAGCCAAUGGUGGGCACAGUGGGCGGCCUGGCUGCAGCUGCACUUCCCGCACUCCCCACUAUGGGGAGCCCGUGGGGCUGCUCUACUCAGUCGCAGUUGGCCAGGGACUUCUGUGUGGCAAGAAGACAGCGGAGGUGUGGAAAAGCUUGCCCACGGCACAAACACACAUGGAUCCAGAUGUGGCUCCUGUUAGGACCAUAUAUUCCGAUCUGAGCUACUCUGCACAUGGCCUCUUGUCUGCCCUAGCAUGGAGCCCGCCAUGCAGAGGGCUACUCCUAUGGCAGGAGGGAUUCUUGGGCACCAAGAGCUCCAUUGCUGUGGGGUCAGGGAUGAGCCUCAAUCCCCUUACAGUGACUGGCUAUAUUACUGCCACCAACUUACUUAAGUUUUCUAUGUCUUGGGUUCCUUAACUGAAGUAGAAUAACUGCCAAGUUCAUGGAGUUGUUAGGAGUGAAUGAGUCGGGCAUCUAGGGCAGUGAUUCUGAACUGGUGUAAGAAUCACCAGAGAAGCUUGUUGAAAAUAUGAUUUCUGGCCCCACCACCAGUCAUUUAGUAGUUCUGGAUGGAGCCCAGGAACCUGUCUAACCAGUUCCCCAGGUGAUUCUGAUGUCCAUGGUUCUCUGGCCACAUUUCGAGAAACUGACCUAGGACAUGCAAGAUGACCUAGUUUGGGAUGCAUUAGUUCUUUCUCAGAGCCUAUGGAAGGAACAGUGGGGAUCAUGGGGCUGGGCUGGCAAGUAUAUCUGCUUACUCUCCAGGUGACUGUAGCCUUGAUGGAGAAGGAAGGUAGGUCUGGAGAUGGGGAUAUACUAAAGCUCAGAGUGGAUGUUUGAGACCUGACAAGAUUGGAUGUACUGAGGGCCAUUGAGGACUUGGAGUCCUGGCACCAGGGCUGGGGGACACUUUGUGGGGUGAUGGGUGUGUUAGUGUAUUGGAGUGUUGGGUGUAACGUAUUGUUGAAGGGAAUGGGGUCAGAGUGUACCUGGAGGGGAAAGAGCUAAGAGGAUGGGGUGAGGAACAUUUGCAUUUUCUUGGGGGACCAGAGAUGGAAGUUUGUUUUAUCAUCGCGGGGCCGAGAAGACAUAGCAAUGGAGACUGCGAUGCUCAGUGAAGCCCCGUGGGGGCAGCCAUGAUUUGUGAUUUGUGAUGUGGCAUUGAACCCACAAUUCUGACUAUUCAUUUUUUUUUUUUUUUUUUUUGGAGUAAGAGGGGAGGAGGAUGCUCCUUGAGAGCUUCUGGGGGAACUUUCCUGCCCCCAGAGGGCAUAGGUGUGUGGUGUGUGUGUGUGUGUGUGUGUGUGUGUGUGUGUGUGAGAGAGAGAGAGAGAGAGAGAGAAAAAAGGUUAGCUUAUGCAAUGAGAUUUUCGAAAGUCCCUUUCUGGAUUUCAUGACUGACUUGAGGAAUCAGUCUCCAGGACACACUCAUCUCUACCUCCACACACACAGUAACGUCUGACCUACCUAAUUUCUCAUGGGGCUCAGUUCCCCAAAAGGGGGCACUCUUGUCAGCAGCUCAUGAGCAUGUGGAUGUCUGCCAACUGAAAACACCUGGAAACUCUGAAGACCUUCCCAGAGGAACAUUCUAGAAAGAAUCCUCAAAUUUCAAAUCCAUGAACACUGGAGCCGGAAGAGAACUUAGAUACCAUCUCAUGCAGUCUCCCUCAGCUUGGUCCUGUGGGGUAGACACGUGUGGACGCUUGCUUUCCAAGCUUUUGGGGACCCCAGAACCUGGUGUGGGAGACAGGACUCACCCAUUACCUAGCAAAAAGGGACACUAAGUGGGGUAGGGUUGCGGGUUUUGCUGGUAAACACCCAGGUCAGAGGUGGGUGACUGCCUACAAAAGAAGGCUCCCUAGAACAGGACAGCUAGAAAUGUACCUUAAAAUGAAUAGUAUUUAUUUUUAGUUGUUUUUCUUCAAUGAUUUUAUGAAAGAUGAAAUAAAAUACUGGAUGAGAGGGUGGGGCAUGUUGGUCUUCUACAGGGGAACAAAACCACAGAGGCCUGGAUCCAUCUGAGGUUUGGGGGACGGCAAAGAGACCACUUUGGUUAUAGAGGGCAGGUGGGGACCCCUGCUGGGGCAGAGUAAGAGAGAAGGGCAGAAAGGUGUGGUUGCAGCUGGAGGUAUGAGGCUGGAGGCCAGCUUGGGCUCAUUGUAGGGACACUGAGGACUGAGGCUAGAGAAGCAAAUGAGAAACACCCAAGGAGACAGGGUAGGAAGAGAAGAGAGGUACAGGGCAGCCGUGAACAUGCCAAAGAAGCACUUCCUAGGAAAUCAGGAAUGGAACCAAGAGAGUGGGUCAUUUAGGUGGAGGGGGGCACAAAAGGGGUGGUCACAGGCUUGGACUCUGAAGAGUUUGGUAUAGGAGGUAGGGGUGAGGAAGGUCAUUAGAGUCUGUGAUUAAGAAGACAGGAGAAUGGUAGGGGUUAAAGAGUGAGUUGGUGAAGAAGAGCUUGGGGCAACAAGUGUAGAUUACUAUAGGUUAUUUGAGAAAUAACACGGAGGACUGGAAGACAAGCCUGUAUUUUGUAAAGCUGCAGCAAAGCUUUGCUAGCUAGAGGUAGAGAAGCAAAUUUGUGGACAGAGGAGAAGGAGCCAUUGGAGGGGAAGAGAUUGAUAUCACUAGAAGGACUAGACCCUGGGAAGAAACAAGUUCUAGAAAAGAAAGGGAAGGGCAGUGGAAACAGCCUAGAAAAGGUCAAAGCCUCAGAUGGGGAGAUAUGGGUGAAGUGAGGGACUCCAGUUAGAUCAAGGCUUCAACCUCUUAAAAACAGGAGGGGCCAGUCUAUAGGAAGGUAGAGGAAGGCCACAGUGGAAUCAAAGGAGCUGUCUAAUGACUGACAUGUUGCCCAGUGGGGCCAGCCAGGUUGCAGUGGAGUUGGGCUGGGGUUUGUCUUGGGCCAGGUCUGAUGCUCUGCCUCUAGGAGCAGGAUGGAGCAAGCAAGCCAGAGUGUAACCAGGUUACAACAGUGUCAGGAGCCUAGAGGCCAGGACACCAUGAGACAGUGAGGGGCCUUGCUUGGGGAAAAGGAGGCACAGCUAUCAGAGCCCAACCUGCGAGGGCUUUGAUAGAACAGUGUGGGCAGCCAUGCAGUUUGGGGGUCAAGGACCUGGAUUCAAAUGUGAGGAACUACUGUUACUAUUUUUAAGUAUCUGAGGUGGGCUCUGAGUGGAGAGAACAUGAGAUGCAUAAAGGGAGCAUUGCUUUGUGCCAGACACUGUUCUAUAUUAACAAAUUUAAUCCUCACAAGAAUAGCCCCCCUCCCACCAUGAAUUAGGUGCUAUUAUUUUAUUGUUUCACAAAUGAGAAAAUUAAAGUUCAGAGAGGGAAAGUACUUGGCCAAGAUCACAUAGCCAGUUGGUGGGAGAAUUUGUAUAUGAAAGGUUUUUCUAACUCUGAAGUCUGUGUUCUCUGCUGUAUCUUUUUAUUAGGUACUUAACAGGUAGGUGACCUUGAGUGAGUUACUUAAUUUCCCCCUCACUUUGCUCAUCUGAAAAGUGAGGGAUAAUAGUAAUACUAUCUUAUAGGUGUUUGUGAGGUUUAAACGAAUAUAUGUAAAGGACUUAAAACAGUGUAUAGUGCAUAGAAAGUGCUACUUAAGGGGAUGUCAUUAAUUGUUGCCAUUAUUUUUUUUAUCGUUUUUAUUUUUUACAGCCUCUUACCAAAGCUGAGGACUUUGAGGAGAGUAAAAGAAGGUCCCGGGACAUAUUGGUCAUUUAGAGAGGGUCAGGUAGUGGGGGAGAGAACAGGAUCCAGCCAGUGGUUCUCAACUGGGGACAUGUUUAUCACAGUGGCCUGGGUUUUGGUAGUCAGGAGCCAGGAGUGUUAACAGUGGGCAGUCACAUCCCAGUUGAGGAUGUGCAGGAGAAAUUCUGGAAAGGAUACUUGAGAUUUAACUCUUCAGAAGAGUAACAGUUCUAGAGAUUGGAGCAGCUUGAGCAAGUGCUGGAUGUUUGGAAUGAGCUUACAGGUCUGUAGGGACCUGGGAAGAAUCAGACUCUGAGGCAAGGCUCCCUGGAGGGAAGGGCGGGGGAGGGUCGCAAAGGUAGGCUGGGACCAAACCCCAGAAGGCCAGACCCUGAGGUGUCUGGACACUGAACUGGAGAGCUGUAGGGUUCUGGAUGAGGGCAUGUUAUAUUUAGGAAGAUACUUGGGCAGCCAAGGAAGAGGUUGGGUGAGAGGAGGAGAAUCCGGAGACUCGUCAGGGAUGUGGGGCCAAACCUUGGCUGGAAAGGCACAUGAACUGAGCUAAGUUUGGGGUUGGAGUGAGCAGAUAAGUGGAAACACUAAGGAAACUCCCAGUGGAAAGAUGCGUGAAUGGAUGAUGGGCUGGGCUGGGCUGGAUCUGGCAGGCACGGACCUGAGAGGGAAUUCUGGGAGAAGCAGGCUGGCUUGGUACCCGCGUCUGGUGUUUGGGACAUGGUGAUCGUGGUGAAUUUCAGGUGAUGAUAGGGAGUCAGAAAAGAGAUGUCUGGUGAGGAGCCAGAGAUGCUAGUCAAAGUCAGAACUGAAGUAGAUUUGUGAGUCAGUAAUCCACAUCUAUUGAAUGCCCAUACAGAUAUGAAAUAGGGCCCCUCUGAGGGCUGUUCCUGUGGGGUUGUUGGUUGAAUUUGAAGUCCUGCUUGCAGAUUGGUCAUGGGAGAGAGUUUGGAAGGGAAGCACUGAAACCUUCAGAUAGCCUGGGCCUCUGCACGUUAAGGGAGAGUCAGGCCACGAUACUAAGAGGAGGCCAAGAGCUUUCUGGAAGGCCUCACCAGCGUCAGGGGCUGACUGCUUCCACAGAAAGUGACUUCAGGACAGCGGCAGGGGGGAGGGCAGAGACAGGCAGUGGAGCCACUGAAGGAAGGAGGCAGUGGGUGAGGAUAGCUGGUGAACUGGAGGUUUUGGAGUUCAAGGAGAGAGGGACAGAGCUAGGGUUCUGAAAGCAGGCUGAAGAGGGUGUAUAUGUGAGAGAGGAAGCAGUGAGGCUGAUGGAAGGGAAGAAGCAAGAAAGGAGGUUCUUCUCUGACCUAAGGGUUCCCAAGGAGCUAUCCUCGCCUUAGGUACAAAGUAAUGGAUUUCUCCAGGCUCAAUUCUGUGGCCUUUCUCUGCACCCCUUUCCCCCUUAACCCCCAGUUUAGGCUCUUUCCUCUGCCCUUCCUCAAGGAACACAGAAGAGAACAAAUAGCCUGUGUCCUGUAACUAUUCUGAUUUAUCUGACUUUCCUACCCUGUCCUCCAGACUCUGAUUCCUGCGCCCUCCUCCUUCCCUUCACCAGGAUAAAGUUCAUUCCCACGAGCUGACCUCACCGGAGAGUUUCUCCUGUUUACCAUCCUCAGUGCAUAUGGGCUUUUUCAGGAAGCUUGUGGGCCACCCUGUGCCCUUCUCCCCCUCCCCCCAUAGUCAUCUGCUACUCCCGUUCAGGCCAGACUUGCCCUUUUUUGGCCAUCUCUUUGAUCACCAUUCCUCCUGGGAAGUGGUACCCUGAUCCCUUCCCCAUCAGCUCCCUGAUCUCUUUGAGUCUGUCACCACAGUUAGGAAUCAGCACAAGAUGUUGAAAACUCUCUUCUUCUCUAGGACUCCUCCUCCAAUUGGGCUCAUUCACUUCUUAUUGCUCCUUUCCUCUGUUGAUUCUGCAGAUGGGGGGUCCACUUAGAUAACUUGGCAGAUAAAAAGCAGCACGUGCUCUGGUAUCUUACUGUUUUGGAAUCAUUUUGCUUCUGUUGUAAUAUUCUGGAAGGGAACUAGAGAUCACCAUGUCCAGAGAUUUCAAGAAAUAUUUUAAACUUUAGAAUCUUCAAUUCUGAAAACACAUGCACACGCACGUGUGCGCGCGCACACACACACACACACACACACACACACAGUUUAAAGUAGAAGUGUCUUUAUCAGCAAGCUUCCUCACCCUUGCUCCAGCCUUUGCUCAUAGCAGCCUCGGAUGCUUCUCAGAACCCUUAGAGCCCCAUGGAACACAUUUUGAAAGUCUAAUGCCUUCAUUUAUAGGUACAAAAAGAGACCCAGAGAGAUGAAGGGACUUGCCCAAGGUCACACAGCAAAAGCAAAAACUCAGGAUUUCCUCAGAUCACUCUCAGUCCUAGCAUUCUAGGAGUUAAUAACUUCUAGCUGAGCUGUCCCUCUAGUGUUCUUUUAUGUGCUUUGUGUUUGUCAUUCAUUUACUUAGCAGGUGUUUAUUGAGCAUCUACUAUGCAUUGAGUACACAGUAGGCCCUCAGGACUAUUCGGUACCAGUCCUGGGAGUUAGUGGAAGCAAAAGCAGUCACUGUCUGCCCUCAUGGGGCUUUCGGUCUAGUGGUGGGGGCAGAAAAACUACAUCUGUGGGAAGUACCGUUAAGGAGAUCAGUGGUGUGAUAAGGACUUGUAAGUGGGUAUCAGUCCAUUUGGGCUGCUGGAACAAAAAUACCAUAGGCUGGGUGGCAGAAACAACCGAAACUUAUUUCUCACAGUUCUGGAGUCUGGGAAAUCUAAGAUGACGGCACAGGCAGACUUGGUGUCUGGUGAGGAUGCAUUUCCUGGGUUACAGAUGACCAUUCUCUCGCUGUGUCCUCACUGGGUGGAAGGAGUGAGGAAGCUCUCUGAAGUCCCUUUUAUAAGGGCACUGAUCCCGUUCAUGAGGGCUCUACCCUCGUGACCUCAUCACUUCCCAAAGGCCCCAGGCCAAAUACAAUCACACUGGAAGUUAGGUUUCAAUGUAUGAAUUUGGGGGGGGGCACAAACAUUCAGUCCAUAGCAUGAGGGAUUUAACCUAGUUAGGAAGUGACCUGGAGCCCAGAACUAAAGGUAAAUGGAGGAGAAGAGAGGACAGAAGUGUUGCAGGUGGAAGGAGCAGCAUCUGCAAAGCCCCGUGGCAGGACCAGCGAGCGAGGUGGAUGGAAUAUGCAAGGCAAGAGUGGCUGGAUCGCGGGAAGCGGGAACACGGCCAGGCAGGGGCUGGGGCCGGACACCUGGCAGGGCUGCACAGGCUGUUAAAGAGUGCUGGGGCUUCAUCCGAGGACUAGAUUUGUGUUUUGAAAAGAUGUCUCCAGUUGUAAAAGGUAACUGAAUGCCCUGUCCCCAACCCUGUCUCAGCUGAGUUCCUUUCAUUUCAUCUUCUGUCUGCUUUUCUGACUUCAGUCACGUGCUGCUUGGGGUGCUCUCAGCAGGUCUGGUUUCCACUCUUUGUGGCAUACGCAUUUCGGCUCUGAGGCAUAUGUGUGCAUGUGGUGUGUGAGUGUGUUGCUUCUGUAUCAUUCACUCAAUAAAUGCAAAGCUACUAAGUGCUACUGUGAGCCAGGUACUGUUCAGUUAUCACUAUGGGCAAGCAAGAUGGUGGGUGAUAGUGUGCCCUUGUGUGUGAUAUUGGUGCGUUGUGUCAUUAUAUGUGAGUGUUCCUGUGUAAAUGUGUUAACCGUGUGCUCUAAACGGUGGCCACUGUGGGUAACUGUAAGGCUCCUCUAGGUGUCGUUAUGUGUGCGUCAUUGUGGCUGUUGUGUCUAACUUGAUGUUACAACAACAGCGGGUACAGCUGAGGUUGUGGGUAGUUGUGUGUGUUGCCGUGCAGUGUGCGUGUAAGACUGUGAUGCGUUUUUGGGGGGGGGGCGCGGGGGCACUUGAGAGACCUUAUCUCCUGCAGUAAAUCUAGUGGAGACCGAGCUUCCUGAGACUGUUGGAGGCACUCUCCACAGCCCCUGGGAUGAUUGGUGCAGGGAGUGGAGGCUCCCCCACUGGCGCUGGAGGCAGAGGGGAGGUGAGGGCGCCUGGGCAGGCCUGGCUGGCCAGACGGGGCCAGAUUAAUAAAGCGGGACCUGGGAGAGGGCAGGCCAGGGCAGGUGGUUUUGGCAGGAGGCGGCUGAGAUGAAAGUGGCCCGACUGUCGGGCAGGCAGGUGGCCUCUCCCCUGCCCUGUCAGCACUUUUUAAUGUCCCCUCGGUUAGAAUGUGUGGGAGGAGUGGGGUGAGGGAAGCUGGAGCUCACCUUUCCCAGGCCCUGGAGGAGGGGCUGGAGCAACCAGGAGGUGGGGUGGGAGUACUGCGCUUCUAGGUGUAACUGAGAGCAAGAGUCCCAGCCUCCUCUGUCCCAUCAGUGCGCCUUAGCUCCAGCUCUCCAGGGAGGCAGGACUAGGAAGCAACCCGAGAAGCAGAAAACAGAAAGGGAGUGGAAGGGGGUGCCUGAGACUGUACGCUUGCACGCAGGUGACUGUCAGGGUGUGACUGCGAACCUCCAUCAACAGAUGAGUGUGAGGCUGAGGUCAUGAGAGUAUGAGCAGGACUGUGUGCGUGUGCGUGUGUGUUCAGCUUUGUGGGAGUUUAAAUUUUAAAACAGGAGGCUUGCUUCCUGGCUUUGGCCUGUUGCCGGUGUGUGGCUUUGGGCAGCUCAUUCACCCUCCCUGAGCUCUUUUGCUUCAUCUCUGAAGUAAGGAUGAGUAUACCUCUUCCACAGGAUGAUUGUGGGGCUUAAAUAGACUGAAAUAAAUGGUCAACUGUAAAUCUCUUUAUAAACGUGCGGUAUCAUUGUUAAUAAUUGCAUGUGGGGCGUGUUGGGUGACUGUAUGUGAUGGUGUGGGUGUGUCUGGGGGCCUGGAUGUCCGUGUUUAUCAGUCAUAGUGGGUGUCUGGGUGAGAGAACAGAAUGUUAGUAAGCGUGAACUCUAUUUGUGAUGAGUUUGUUGCAGGAGUGAGUAUGCAGGUGUUAGAUGUGUGUUUGAUUGCUGUAGUGAAAUAUAUGAAAACAUCUGGAUGGAUCCAAGAGCAGUGAGAGUGGGUGUCUUUGUGUGACUGUGAAUGUGUGUGUUUGUCUCUGGGUGUCUGUGUCAUUGUGUUUGCAGUAGCUGAUUUUGUGUCUUGGGCUGUAUCUGAGUUGCCCUGGCACCUGACAUAGAUGUGUGCACCUUGGAGAGCAUGCUGGCUGUGGGGGGAUGUAUGGGGUGGCUUUAAUGUGUCCGUGUGCCCCGUGUGUGUCUUUGGGUGUGUGUCCCAGUGCAAAUGUGCUUGAAUGUGCCUUUGUCUUUGUCGUGUGAGUGUGAUGGCGGGAUGUGCCUUGGUGUGUGUAUGUGUGUGUGUGUGUGUGCGCGCGCGCGCGCGCCAGUGUGUGUUUGGUGAGCGGCUCUGCUGCCUUAAGCACCUUUCGAAUACAUUGGCCACAGCUCAUUGAAUCCUUUAACAAUCUGACUCUGCUCUUCCUUCCCCGUUUUUUCUAAUUCAGUUCCUCUUAUUACAAAAAUAAAAAAUAAAGCGCUGCCCCUUUCCAGUGGCUGGCCCUGCAGAGCCCCUGCCUCGGGACCAGCCUCGUUUCACUCCAUUUCGGAGAAAACGGGAAGUCGGUAAUUUUAAAAAAUAUUUUCUACUUUAUUUGGGAUUUAAUGUUCUUACAGAAUCCUGCUGCCUCCCUCUGUCCCCCUCCUCCCCAUCCACCCCCAGCCCCACAUGCGAGAGGCGUAAUGGCCCGUUCAACAUAUUAGGGGAGCCAAGUGCGUGCCUGUGUAUGUGUAUCUGUGUGUGUGUGUGUGAGUGUGUACACACAUACACACUUUGAUAAAAACACACAGAGACCCAUAGUAGACACAUAUAGGAAUACACAGCAGCUUAAAUGUAUACUCAGACAUGAACUCAAGCACUCUAAUAUGCAAACACCACACAAAGACAGAGACCCAACCCCAGACACUGUCACAUUCUGAAGGGAAACACAAAAGCAGGAGCACUGUCGGGGGACCCUUCAGAGACAGGAAACCAGACAGGCUGAGGGGAAGUAGGACAGAGAUAUGUUUCCAGUGAGAGAUUGGAAGCAACUUUUAUACCACAGAAGAGUGUGAGUAGAGUAGUUCAGAGAAUGAGAGGGGGUUGACCAUCCCUGGGCCAGACAUUGCCCCUUUUGUACAAGGGGAUACCGUAUGGUCAAAAAGUGAUGAGUCAAGGUCAUGCAGGGAGUCCUGACUGGACGUGGGAUCAGAAACAAGAUCCCUGUGCCACUUUCCUGUGCCUUGCUAUUGGGGUCCCAGGGCAGUAAACUCUGUAAGUGUGUGGACGUGUGUGCUUUAGAAAGAAAGAUAAGCUUUUGAACAGCACUAAUUUAAGUGCCAUACAUGUAUUAGGCUCAACAAAUGUUUGCAGAGGCUGGCAGAGACUGAGUGUGGUUGUGUAUGUCUAUAAAUAUAUAUUUGAGAACCUGUGUGUGCACACACAGGAGCAUUUAUCAUGGUGUAUAAGCCUGUGUAAUUGUGGCUGUGUGGACAUGUCUAUGCAUAGACCAUAAGCUCCAUAGGGGCAGGAACUAUGUAUCCCCCUUCUAUCCCAUCACCUAAGAGAGAGCUUGGCACAUAGUAGGUACUCAGUAAACAUUCAUUCAAAAACGAUGAAUGAACAAAAUCACUCUGGGAGCUCAGGUAGUGUAGAGAGGGCCUGAUUACCAUUGGUAGAGAUCAUGAACAGUCCAGUCUCUGGGAGGGACCUGGGAAGAGGGGAGAUGGUGCAACAUGGGGUGGUAGGGUGAGAAUUCUGGAGAUCUUUCCCUGCUGCCAUCUCUCUUGCUAGGAGAUGUGGGCCCUGAGGUCUGUGCUUUGUCCAGAGUGAUGAGUUUCAAGAGUUUUAGACUAUUCUGUGGUGAAAAAAGGAAACGAGUUAUCCAUUUGUUAAAUGUGAGACAGGUGAGGGAGGGAUAGAAAGGCAGUAGUGGAUAUAAACUCAAGAUGGAUGGAUGGACAGGGAUAGAUAGACAUAUUGACUAAACACACAAACUGAUUAAUAGAUUUAUUUAUAGACAGACCAAAAGACAAAUGGAGACACAUAAAUAGAUGUAUAGGUAGACACACAGACUGAUGUGAAUAGUCAAGUGGGCAGACAAUCUCUAGGAGUAACUGACAGACCAACAGACAGGCAGACAAAUCGAUAGACAGAUGGACAGCUGAUUGCACAGAGAAGAUGGAUGUAUAGCUCAGCAUACAGAAUAGGCCAAUAGCUAUGCCCCAUAUUCCAUCUUCCCUCCUUACUAAUAGAGCCCAUGCUUUUGUUUGGUGUUUAGAGACCAAGUGCUUUGUGGGGGAGGGGUUGAACCCCUCCCUUGUCCCAGAGGUGAAUCCUAGUUGGUCCAGGAAAAUCAUGGUAAUUCCAUUCGACUUGCUGGGGAUUGAUUUAGGAAUGACAUGUUAUAAUUCUGAAUACUGAAAUGUGGGAAGAAGUCUAUUAAGAGACUUUGGAGAAAUUUUAUCUCAUACUCAUAGAAGGGCCCAGGAAAGAGAUAUACCCUUUUUCUCUUUCUGGAUUUUGGACUUCAUUGUAUAAAAAUGUGCUGAGCUGCUACAGCCUUUUAUAAAACCUUUGAGGUUCCUCCUUAGUCAAAAGCUGACAUGCCAAGGAUGGCAGAGGAGAGAUGUGAAAAGAAUCUGGGUGUUGAAUGAUGCCACUGGGCCACAUUGCUCAAUUUAGGAAUCUCGCUGCCCCCAAACUUCUUGUUAUGUGAGAUAAUAUUUUUCUUAUCAUCCAAGCCACUUUUGGUAGGGCUGUCUGUUACUUGCAGCCAAAUGCAUCCUGAUUGCUACACAAAUCAACUGACAAAUCAGCAGACAAAUAAUGGAGAAAUGAAGAGAUUACAUGAGUGGAGAGACCAACCAAUAGACAGUAAGGUAUACAGAUAGAUGACCAGUAGAUCAGCAGUUAGACAAUAGACAGAUUCUUCAAACUGACAGAGAUAGGCAGAUGGUUUGUAGGUGAAUAUGAAGUAAGCAGACAAACGGACAGAGGUGAAUUAGACCAAUGGAAAUACGGACUGGAGCAUGGAGGGAUAAAUGGGAAGACUGGCAGAUGGAGACAUACGUAGACAAACAGACCACUGACACCUCCAGAAAACCCUCUCUGACCCCAGUCUGAUUUGGAUUCUCCUUCUCAGUGUUCCCAUGGCCACCUGUAUACAAUACCAUCUCAACCCUCACCCACUGUGUGGUGAAAUUGACUUCCUCAUCACUCUUCAUGCUAAGUUCCAGGUCACAAUUUCCUUGAGGACAGGAAUCCCAUCUUACCCACCUUUAAUAUCCCCAGACUACCACAGAGCUAGUAAGUGUUCAAGAAAUAUUUAUCAAAUGAAUGACUGCGUGAACAGUUAUAGAUGGGGGAUGAAUGGAUGGGUGGAUGGAUGGAUAGACGGGUGGGUGGGUGGAAGGAAGGAAGGUAAAAGGGACUGAGGGGGGCAGGGGAGGGAGGGAGGAAAGAAAGGGAGAAUAAGAAGAUGUACAAAAAGUUGUACAGUUAGAUAAAUGGAAAUGAAUAGACAAUUUGAUCAUCAGAGAGGCAGAUAAUAUUUUCAUGUAAAUACCAACAGACAGAUGAACAAAGAAACAUAAUGCCCAGUAAAUA